CUCGGUGUUUAUACUUCGGACGAGACGGUGUUGCCGCUCGUCCUUUCGCGUGUGUUGUGGUGUAUUGUGUUGUGGGUGCUACGCCGAGCCAAGGCUCGCGUCUCGCAGAUUCGGGCAACGCCCGGCCGCCAAGCGGCUAGUUCCACAUUUUUAUCUGGUAUACAGAAGAAAAGUGACCAAAGUGAUUAGUGAAGUGUUAAGUGUCGGUGUUUAAUAUGUCUCUGCUAACCGUAUUUACGGUCCUCGUCGGGCUGCUCACGCUUGGAGCAGUGCGAUGCGAGGACGAAACGAUCGGACCGAUAUUUAUGAAGGAACCCCCAAACCGAGUGGAUUUCAGUAACACGACUGGUGCCGUAGUGGAAUGUGCCGCACGAGGAUCCCCCCCUCCCGAUGUCAUUUGGGUACGAGCUGAUGGCACCGCUGUUGGUGACGUUCCUGGAUUGCGACAGGUCUUACCGAAUGGCAACCUUGUUUUCCCACCUUUCCGUGCUGAAGAUUACCGCCAGGAAGUUCAUGCUCAGGUCUACGCUUGCCUUGCUAGAAACCCAGUUGGUACAAUUCACUCUAGGGACGUUAAUGUUCGCGCCGUUGUAUCCCAGGUGUACACAGUAAAUCUUGUAGAGGAAAAUGUCUUGCGAGGAAAUGCUGCCAUAUUCAAAUGUCUUAUUCCAAGUUUUGUCACUGAAUACGUUCAAGUAUCUUCUUGGAUAAUAUCAGAGGGGGACGAUGAGACUGAAAUACAAUUGAACGAUGCCAGUAUUAACCGAGAGGAGGGUAAAUACUUGGUCCUACCAUCUGGAGAAUUGCAUAUUCGUGAUGUAGGACCCGAAGAUGGUUAUAAAUCAUACCAAUGUAGAACAAAGCACAGACUUACUGGAGAAACUCGUUUAUCAGCCACAAAGGGACGUUUGGUUAUCACCGAACCGACGAAUAAAAUUGCUCCUCGAAGCGAUAAAAGCCGAAAGUUCGAAGGCGGUGAAAUUUUUGUUGUCUCCUUAGAGAGUUCAGUGUAUCUUACAUGUGAAGUAGCGGGGUAUCCUCCUCCAAUAUUUCGAUGGUAUAAAUUCAUUGAUGGAUCGGCGAGAAAGCAACCAGUCGUGUUGAAUGAUAGAGUUAAACAAGUUUCUGGAACUCUUAUUAUCAAGGAGGCUAAAGUUGAUGAUUCUGGCAAAUAUCUAUGUGUUGUGAACAAUUCUGUCGGUGGUGAAUCGGUCGAAACCGUAUUAACAGUAACUGCACCACUAAAAACAGCAGUAGAACCGGCAACACAAACAGUAGACUUUGGUCGUCCAGCGGUAUUCACUUGCAGAUAUGAAGGAAAUCCCAUUAAGACUAUCACCUGGUUAAAAGAUGGCAAAGACAUGAACCACCAUGACCACGUAUUAAGGAUCGAGUCAGUAAAGAAAGAAGAUAAGGGAAUGUACCAGUGCUUCAUCAGAAAUGAUCAAGAAAGUGCCGGAGCUAGCGCUGAAUUGAAAUUAGGAGGACGAUUUGAACCACCACAGAUUAGACACAGCUUCUCGGAACAAACUCUACGCUCCGGUCCAUCUCUAAGGUUGAAAUGUGUUGCAUCUGGCAACCCUACACCUGACAUCGCAUGGCAACUGGAUGGAGACAAACUGAACAGCGGCGAAAGACUGCAAAUCGGGCAAUUUGUAACUGCCGAUGGAAAUGUUGAAUCCCACUUAAAUAUCUCAUCUGUGCACACCAACGAUGGAGGACUGUACUCUUGUAUCGCGUCUAGCAAGGUUGGCAGCGCAUCCCACUCAUCGCGCGUAAACGUAUACGGACUGCCUUACGUACGGCCAAUGAAGAAACGCCCAGUCGUCGCCGGAGACACCCUUAUCGCUCACUGCCCAGUUGCUGGAUACCCUAUUGACUCUAUUGUAUGGGAACGUGAUGGACGUGUUCUACCAAUCAACCGAAAACAGAAGGUGUUCCCUAACGGCACGUUGGUUAUUGAAAACGUAGAACGAAUGAGCGACCAAGCCACUUACACGUGCGUUGCUAAGAACUCUCAAGGAUACAGCGCAAGGGGACAACUCGAACUACAAGUCAUGGUUCCCCCACAAAUCUUGCCUUUCGAAUUUGGCGACGAACCGGCUAACGCCGGAGAUAUGGCGUCGAUUUCCUGCGCAGUUAGCAAGGGCGACCAACCGCUCAAUAUCUCCUGGAUUUUUAAUGGACAAAUCAUAUUCCGACACAACGAUUUGGGAAUAGUUCUAACCAAUAUCAACAAAAAGACAUCGAUCCUAAACAUUGAUUCAGUUAAUGGAAGCCACAGAGGCACAUACCAUUGCGUGGCAACAAAUCCAGCCGGUUCUGUUAAUCACAGCGCCAUUCUAGAAGUCAAUGUUCCUCCCCGUUGGAUUUUGGAACCCACUGACAAAGCUUUUGCUCAAGGUUCAGAUGCUAAAGUUGAAUGUAAAGCUGAUGGCUUCCCUAAGCCCCAAGUCACAUGGAAGAGGGCUGAAGGUGAUACGCCAGGCGAUUACAAAGACCUUAAACCCAACAACCCAAAUGUUAAAGUUGAGGAUGGAACAUUGGCCAUUACUAAUAUUCAAAAGACGAACGAGGGUUAUUAUUUGUGUGAGGCUGUAAACGGAAUCGGUUCUGGAUUGUCUGCCGUCAUUUUGAUCAGCGUUCAAGCUCCACCACAAUUCGAAAUUAAAAUGAGGAACCAGACUGCUCGACGAAGUGAACCCGCGGUACUUCAGUGUCAGGCUAAGGGUGAAAAGCCAAUUGGAAUCAUCUGGAACAUGAACAACAAACGUCUUGAGCCCAAAUCGGACCCACGAUACACGAUCCGCGAGGAAAUCUUGCCCGGUGGUGUUGUUUCCGACUUGAGCAUCAGACGUACUGAACGAUCUGACAGCGCUCUCUUCACCUGUGUUGCUACCAACGCCUUCGGCUCUGACGAUACCAGCAUCAAUAUGAUCAUUCAAGAGGUACCCGAAGCCCCCUAUGGUUUGAAGGUAUUGGACAAAUCAGGAAGAACAGUUCAAUUAUCUUGGGCCGCACCGUACGAUGGAAACUCUCCGAUCAAGAAGUUCCUCAUUGAAUACAAACGCGCAAAGGGCAACUGGGAAAAGGAUAUCGACAGAGUACUGGUCCCAGGAGACGCAACAGAAGCCGGUGUAUUCAGCCUCCGUCCCGCCACAGCCUACCACAUUCGUAUCGUUGCUGAAAAUGAGCUUGGAACCUCUGAACCAUCCGAAACCGUUACCAUUAUCACGGCGGAAGAAGCUCCCACUGGAAUGCCCCAAGACGUCAAAGUCGAUGCUGCUGAUAAGCACACCCUCAGGGUUACAUGGAAACCACCCCCACCUCAGGACUGGAAUGGCGAACUUCAAGGUUACUACGUUGGUUACAAACUUGCAUCAAGCAACAAGUCAUUCGUGUUCGAAACGGUUGACAUCUCAAAGGAAUCUGGCAAAGAACACCAUCUCGAUAUUCUUAACCUCAAGACAUACACUCAAUACGCGAUCGUGGUUCAAGCGUUCAACAAGAUGGGUUCUGGUCCCGUAUCGAACGAAGUCCGAGCCUACACAGCUGAAGGAGCACCCUCUGCCCCGCCCCAAGAUGUCCUCUGCACCACGUUGACUGCCCAAACUAUUCGCGUAUCCUGGGUAUCUCCACCUCUCGCCGCCGCUAACGGACUUAUCAAGGCAUACAAGGUUAUCUACGGACCCAGCGAAACUUGGUAUGAUGAAAAAACAAAGGACACUAAGAUCACGGCUAGCAGCGAAACAAUCCUACACGGUCUCAAGAAAUUCACCAACUAUUCAAUGGAAGUGUUAGCUACUACCAACGGCGGAGAUGGCGUCCGAGCAGCACCUAUCCAUUGUCAGACUGAACAAGAUGUACCCGAAGCCCCACGUGCCGUAAAAGCCUUAGUGAUGGGAGCCGAUUCGAUCCUGGUGUCAUGGAGACCACCAGCGCAGCCCAACGGAGUCGUCACCCACUACAACGUGUACACUCAAGCACAAAACGCUGAACCUCAUCCUAACAAGGUCCCCGCAUCACAAACUAGCUACUCCGCGACAGAACUGAAGGCCGGCCGCUACGACUUCUGGGUAACAGCUUCCACCAUCAUUGGAGAAGGUCAACCCUCAGCCACCGCAUCUUGCAGCGCCAGCGAUAAAGUACCUGCAAAAAUUGCAUCAUUCGACGAAUCCUUUACUGCUACUUACAAGGAAGAUGUUAAACUGCCCUGUCUUGCUGUCGGCGUGCCACCUCCUAACAUUCUGUGGAAGGUCAAAGGUCACCCAUUAGAGCCAUCAGAACGCGUUCGUCAGCUUCCCGAAGGAUCUCUGCAAAUCGCUGGUGUAGCAAGGGAAGAUGCCGGAGAGUACUCCUGCCAUGUUGAGAAUCAAUUCGGAACUGACACUGUUACUCACACGUUGUCUGUACUUGCACCUCCUUUCCCACCUCAAUUGAGCAUCGCAUCUUCUUCCGUAUCGUCUCUGACUCUGCGCCUGAAGCCUCCGGUAGACGCUGACCAAUCACCUGCAGCUGGCUACACCAUCCACUACAAACAAGAGUUCGGCGACUGGGAGACUGUACAGAUUCCUAGCAACACUGAUACAUACACUUUGGAAAACCUAUUCUGCGGAUCCAGAUAUCAACUUUACGUUACUGCUUACAACGGUAUUGGAACAGGCGAAGCGUCUGACGUGGUCAUUGCCCGUACUCGUGGAUCCAAACCCCCCGUACCACGUGCCGCUGACUUCAUCGAAGUAGGAAGUUCCUCUGUCACCCUUCACCUCAAGCAAUGGCUGGAUGGAGGCUGCCCCAUGAGCCAUUUCGUCGUUGAAAAUAAGAAAAAAGGAGCUGCUGAGUGGAACCAGAUCUCGAAUGCCGUAAAACCUGGUGGUAACUUUGUAGUACUGGACCUGGAACCUGCAACUUGGUACGUUUUAAGGAUCACCGCACACAACAACGCUGGAUUCAACGUCGCCGAAUAUGAAUUCGCUACCCUCACUAUGACUGGUGGAACUAUCGCUCCCCUCCCCGGAAACGCUGACGAUAAGGAACUGCCCCCAUGGGUCAAAGCCUGGCUGGAACCGGAGGUUCUAGUACCGAUAUUGGCGACUAUUGUCGUUUUCAUUGUCGGAAUGGUCGUGAUAUGUCUGACGUUGGCUCGUAGAAACACUCCACACAGACUGCGAGGUCAGAAGGACGUGUACUAUGAUGCGGUGUACAACGCAUCACAAGCGGCAUUAGGCGGCGGCGGCGGAACCCUGGACAAGCGCGGCGGACUUCGUGAUGAAUUAGGUUACAUCGCACCCCCCAACAGGAAACUUCCCCCCGUACCAGGAUCUAACUACAACACAUGCGACCGUGUUAAGCGACAGGCUGUUAUUAUGGGUGCUCAUUCGACGUGGGAUCCGCGAAGACAUCACUAUGAGCGCGUUCGACGCACGCGUCUACGCAGGACUGGAUCUGGUGAUACAAUUUCAACAGGCAUGGAAGACGAAAUCUGCCCCUACGCAACGUUCCACUUACUAGGCUUCCGUGAGGAAAUGGACCCCAGCAAGGCUAUCGCGUUCCCCCACCACCACCCGUCCCACGCUGGCACUUUGGCCCACCCACACCCACACCCACACCAUCCCGCACACUCACGCGCAGGAUCCCAGAGCAUGCCCCGUGCCAACAGUCGCUACGCCCGCAAGAACUCUCAAGGAGGACAAAGCGCUAUCUACUCGACCGCUCCCGAAUACGAUGACCCUGCCACUUGCGCUGAAGAAGACCAAUACCGUGCCCGCUACUCACGUCCAAUGUACGCAUGCGGCCCCGAGUACGACGAGCCCGCUUGUUGCCAACCCGAAGACGAACAGUACACUGGCGCUUACGGCACUCCCUACUCUGACCAUUACGGAUCCCGACCCAGCAUUGGUACACGUAAAUGCGGCGGAUCUCCCGAGCCUCCCCCGCCCCCACCCCGCAACGCGAACAACGACAACAACUGCUCUUCCUCCUUUAACGAGAGCAAGGACUCCAACGAAAUCUCUGAAGCCGAAUGCGACCAGCCACGGAACUACCCUGUCAGGGCCCACACUGCCAAGGACGGCUUGCACACCGAGGAAAUGAGAAAACUCAUUGACAGACCAGAAGCAAACACCCCAAUCCCCCAGCAAGCAGUCCACGGGCGGGGACUCACAGCCUACGAUACUGUGGCAGUGUAACCUAUAAAUUGCUUAUAGGAUUCUCAUACGCCCAAUAUUUUUUCAGCAGAUAAUCACGACCGCGCUGUACGCUUUGCCUAUGAGUUUAACCAAUAGUUUGCUUGCGCAUUUCGCCAGCGAACAGUGGGGUCGUUAUGUCCUUUCUUCCUUGGUGUGUGAUUUUUGUAUCCCAAAAUGCCAGAUUUAACGCACUGUGGUGCCAUGAUUCGUUAGCGUCAUACAGAGUUGGGAACGACCGAUCUACCGUAGUACACCCUUGAAACGUCAUCGCAUAGCGUUGCUAUGUUUAUCGGAAAAUUAUGGUUGUGUUAGAUAUUUCAAAUUGAUAAAGUCCUUUAGAAUCGUGACGUAUAUAUGUCACCGUAAGAUUGUAAACAUCGUUAUAUUACAAUCUAUCUAGUAAGAUUGUAAACUAUCGAUAGAUUGUGAACCGUAUCAUUAUGAUUGCAAUUUAACGCAUCAUUUUUCGCUAUAUAAUCUACCGAAGUGAAACCGUUAAAUUACAAUCUGUCCCGCGUCAAAUUGUCAACUGUCUGCAAGUUCUUCCUGAUUGGUCGGUCUCAUUUCAUUUAGAAAUGAAAUAGACGUGUCACUUAAAUAAAAUAAAUUUAUUAUUUAAUAGGAAAUUAGAAAUCCUGACAUAUGUUAGAAACAAAUUGUAACGAAAUAUUUAUUCUACAAACACAAAUUCUAAUUAA